AUGCCGUCGAACGCCUCUCCGAACAACGGUGCCUCACAAGCGGGCGAUGGAGGCCAGGAAAAGCAGAAGAUGCUUCUUUCGUCAGAAACUGGCCAUUUCAGCAUGAUCAAGUCAGUCUGCGCGGUCCCCAUCUUCACCAUUAAAUGCUUCGAAAGACGGGUUACUGACUUCUUAAUGGAUUUUGCGGAGGCAAGCACACAUUCCCCGAAACAUCGCAGCGUGCCGAACGAUUCGUCGCUAACUAACUGCGAAGUGAUGUCUGUCCUCUCGUCGAUGCGCUAUUGCCUAGGUGACCCUCACGAAUUUGGUGCGAUCUGGGCCGCUCUCGCUUUCAUGCCGUUCGGACUGUUCUUCGACUUCAUGGACGGAAAGAUCGCUCGGUGGCGGAGGAAGUCUUCCUUGAUGGGACAGGAGCUUGACUCGCUGGCGGAUUUGAUCUCGUUCGGCAUGGCACCCGCCGCUGCAGCCUUUGCGCUGGGCGUUCGCACCCCCGUUGACCAUCUCUUCCUCUCGUUCUUUGUCCUCUGCGGACUGACGCGCCUCGCCCGGUUCAACGUGACUGUUGCCGUGUUGCCCAAGGACAAGACCGGCAAAUCGAAAUACUUCGAGGGUACUCCGAUUCCGACGACUCUGUCGAUUGCUUCGUUGAUGGCCUACUGGGUUUCGCAAGGGUGGGUUCAGGACGAUCUACCGCUGGGCUUGAUCGCUGGGGGCACCGCGUUCGAGUUCCACCCGAUUGUGCUGUUGUUUGUGCUGCAUGGCUGCAUGAUGGUCAGCAAGACCAUACAUAUCCCUAAGCCUUGA